AUGUCGCUGUUGGCCCAGAGAGCGCUGCUGGCGGACGAAGACGGAGACAGGCCCAUCCACGUGGCGGCGGUGCACGGAGACGGAGAACUGGUGCGGCGCCUGUGCGGCCUGAUGAAGUCGGUGGGAGCCUCCCUGGACUCGGCCAAUUACCUGGGACAGACGCCGCUGCAUCUGGCCGUUUUGGCCAAGAAGGUGGGUCCGGCGUCCGUUCUGCUGCAAGAAGGAGCCUCUCUCCCUCCUCGAGACCGCGGCGGCAACACCGCCCUGCACCUGGCCGUCAGACACUUCGACCGCCCGUGCCUGCGCCUCCUGCUGGACCACCCUGACUGCCGACGGAUUCUGGACGCCCGCAACUACGACGGUUACACCCCUCUGCACGAGGCCGUCUUCCGGGACAACCUCCCCGCCCUUCGAAUGCUGGUGGCGGCCGGAUGCGACGUGGACGCCGGGGACGGGAAGAGUGGAAGAACGGCGCUGAUGCAUUCUGUGAUGAAAGGGAACGACGAUGCCGUCUGCCUAUUGAAGAAGUUCGGUGCCUGUCCACGCAAAACCGACUACUCGGGAAUAGAUCCGGUACGUGUGGCCUCCGACAGAGGAAACGUGGCUCUAGCUGCCAUCUUGGAAGGAAAAGUAGCCGCCAAUGCCUUUUCUCUCGACAGUGUCGCACACUUACGCUAGACUUCCGUCUUCUAGCAGUUUGGCAUCCGGACUACCGGUUGGCAGUGGAAAAUAAUGGAACUCAUUCGACCCUUAUUUUCUUCACUUCCGGAAAUGGAAAGGUGAAAAUAUCUGCUUCUGUUCUACUCGCAAAGCUUUUUUCACAUAUACUCGGUCGUCGAAUAGCCGGCCCAUCUGUUACUUUCACAUUUAUUCACCUAAUGCCGGUGUAAACAUCGAGACGGGUUGUGCUCGAUGCUGUCGUAUUGUGUGAAAUAUCGCUAUGACUUCCGUACUGUACAUCCAGCACGUCUACUGCCGGAUAAUGCCAAGAUUUUGUCCCGUCUUGGCGAGUAUCCCGUGUCCGGCAGCCAUACAUUUUGUAAGCGGAUAUCCAACGUCAGUCUCGCGAAAUAGGCUUCGGGUCACCGAAGACAAUAGGUAAAUCGAGUUUUAUAUUUAUAUAUGGUUUCCGUGUCUUAAUCCUCGGUCAGUUUAACCUUCGCAACACAAAAGGCCUCACAGACUCCAAUCAAAAUUAAAAUGGCUCCCAAUGUCUGUUGUAUAUUAAAUUCACAAUGAAUUCGGUUUAUUCGUAAAGAACAUUCUGUUGCUUUAGCGAUUGCGCAUUUUCAAUGUUUAGUAAAUACAUUUAUUUUAAUUUUUUGUGGGUCUGUAAGAUCCCACAGGAAAUUAAGAUAUAUUUACGUGUUUGUAUUUUCCACUUAUAAUAGAAAAUACAGCUAUGUUUUGUAUUGUACAUAAUGCACACGUUAGUUUUUUUAUAAACAUAGUUGUCAAUAUGAUUACAGUCGA